CGGUGCCGGCGUGCGUGAGGGAGCGCGUGCCGACACCGCCUGGGGCGGAGUGCUCUGAGUACUGGAAACGGCUUGUAAUUCUUCUUUAUAAUUCAGCGUCCAAGCAAAAAGCUCGUCUGAUAAGCGCACGUGAUAUCUGAAGCAUUAAAGUAUGCCCAGAGCGCAAUAUUGCCGGGCAGUUUGGGGUCUGAGACAAAGGCGCGAUGCUUUCAAGCCCAGGGGAGCCCACAUCGCCCCUAAGCGCCCUGAGAGCAGGUGGCAGCGAGCUGGGGUCGGCUGUGCUCCCGGUCACAGCAGGAGCACGAGAGGGGGUGGCCUUAAGCUGCACCAGAGGAGGUCAGGCUGGGUACUGGAGAGGUGAUGGAGCGUCACGGGGAGCUGGGGGGGAUCUCCGUCCUUGGAGCGCUGAGGAGCCGUGGGGAUGUGGCACUGAGGGCAGCGGGCAUGGUGGGGUGGGGUGGGGAUCUGAAAGCUCCUUUCCAACUGGAACGGCUCUGUGAUUUGACGUGGGGUCUCAGCCUGGUGCUCCCAACCCACCAGCUGCCUUGCAUCUGAUGGGAGCUCUGCGCCCGGCCAGCACGAGCCAUUCUAAGCACGGGGUAGCACAGGCUCUCCUUUACCCAGACCGUAGAUUAAAUCCUAUCCAAUAUUCUGAGCACUUGGUUCACAGCGUUUGCAGGUUGGAAGGGCCGUCAGGCCUCAUACACCCCCAUACAUCCAAACAGCGUCAGGGGGUCCCGCCCCGCAGCCCUGCAGUCAGGCUCUGCCGGGCCGCCUGGCGCCCCCUGGCGGCUGUGCGGUGCUGCGGCGGAGCUGCGCUCCCGAGGGGUGUUACAGCCAGGUGGGCUGCUGGGAGAAAUUCCAGCUUUAGUUUCAACAGAACUUCUUUCACAUCAGUAGUUGCUACUUCCCCCUGGAAUUAUCUCCACAAAGUAUGCUUCUGUGACUGUAUUAAUAUAAUACAGGCAUAUAAUUUUUGUUUCGUUCUUACCCAGUUCAGGAAAGAGCAGAAGUGAAACAUGUCACGGAUCAGCAAUGUAACAGAGCAUAUGGGAUCCCUUUUGUUCUCAGUAACUCUAAAGAUCAUUUAGAUUUGCUGCUAUAUAUGCUUAAUCACAUAUGAUGUUUGUUAUCCGCGUUAUUUUUUCUCCCUGAUUUGUUCCCUGUGAAACAGAAGAAGUACAUCAUCCUAUGGGAAAACACUUCUUCCUCUCAGCUAAAAAUGACCCUGCAGGGCCCUUUGCAGGCAGCACUGGGAAGGUGAGAAGCACAGACAGCAGUGCUCGGCGGUUGCUUCUGUGCAGGAAGCUGAGCAGAAGAUUCCUUGCCAUGCAUGUGCCAGGCCACGCUGCUGCAAAGCCUUUGCUGUCCUUUUCAGCAGGGGCAGGACUCACAGCUGAGGGUGGGGAAGGUUUUCUGCUCUAUCAUAUGACAAUAUAGCUCUGCUUCAAGGCGUGCAUCUUCUGUUCUGUGCAGGUUUGGCUGAGUGCAGGGAUUGCUGUUUCAUUCCUCAUUUUGAGAAAUAAUCAGAUUUUCACAUGUUUUCCUUGCAAGCGCUGGACUUAACAGACCUUGAAUGUGAAGCUGUGUGACACAAGGCGCUGAGUUCAGCACAGGAGGGUAAGUUGGCCUGCCAAAGCCAAAAGACAGCCUGCAGCAAUUCCGAGUGGUGGGUGAGACAUAGCAACCCUUGGGAUCAUUGCUUAGCAACUGCAAACACACCGAGGAGUAAACCUCACUGUCCGGAUCUGCAGCAGGCCUGAGAAGUCCCUGUUUCACCUUGAGAUCUCUCAUGCUUGAGAACUGAUGGGCAGCUAUUUGAUUCCUGUUCGUUUGCAAAGCCACUCUGAAAGCAGGAAGAAUAAAGUCUGUUUUGAUACCUGCUCUAAAGUUGUUGGUGUAUGGCUGCUCAGCCAGAAGAAAUGGCCCAAGCUGGAGGUCUGAAGCAUCCCAAAGCUGGAGAUAAAUGUGUGACUGCCUCAGAAAUGGAGAGAAACCAGGGGGGUGCUGAGCUGCCAUGUCUCAGUGAUCACGCUCCGUGGAAAGAGUGCUUUUAUGAAAAGGUGCAGCAGAGGUCCCUGAGUCUGCAGGAGGCGAAGGUGAAGAUGAUUCGUGCAGAAAAGGCAAAAGAAGAAAAGAAAAAAAAGCGAGAGCCCUGUGAUGGGCUGUGCCAGGACUGGUUCAGUAAUGAGAAGGAGUCCCUGGAUGCUCGCACCUAUUUGACUGACAAACUGCUACCAACGUUAAUCCCAGGAGUGGAAAACCUGUUAAUGAAAGUAGGAAGGAAGGACGUGCUCGCACCAGCCAUGGGGCAUGCCAAAUUUGACCCCAUUACUUUUCUUGCAGAAUAUCUGAUGAGACAUAACCCUCAGUAUGACACCUGCACCAAACCAGGCCCCUACCUGAGGGGUCUGAAUGCGGUCACAGAGGAGCUCAAAAGAGAGAUCCCAGAUACGGCAUCGGAGAGGCUGGCCAGGAUGAAGUCUGAGGCAAAAACCAAACGUAAGGAAAGAGAGCAGGCAGACAGUAUGAAGUGCCAGCAGAAAGAGAUGAGAAAAGCAGCGCUGGCAACUCAGUUCAAAGAAUGGACAACGGAUGUCAGUGGCAGAAUACCAGUUGCACUGAUUCAGAGUGCACUGAAGAUUUUUCUGGAUGUCUGUGCUUCUACUCCCAUAGACGCAAGAAAAGCCUGUGAGAGGAAGCUGGAAAUCACAGACAUGUGGGGGGAAAACGUAAAUGCUGAUGAAUUCAUAGAGUGUGUCCAUUCCUACACGGAGAACUUUCCAAAUGAUGCAUUCCAAGAGGUCCUGAAGCAUCUCAGUCAGUGUACUGCUGACUUCCAAGAAGCCAUCAGGAGUGAUACAUGCAGGCAGAUGUUUAUUGAUCUCUUCCUACAUUGUGAUCGUGGACAGGUUGGUGUCUUGGAUAGACCCCAAAUACUUGGCCUUCUGGAGCAGUUCUAUGAGAGAAGCUCUGUGUGUGCCAGGAGGAGAUUCUGCAACCCCAAAGAGUGGCCGAUAGUUGAUCUGCAAGAGGUCAGUCUGGAGGAUCUGUGGGGAGACCUUGAGGACCUGGAAGAUUAUGAGGAACCCAGAGAAGUUUUGGGUUUGUCUCAACCAGAGAUUUCUGAGGGAGAAGCUUUAGCACGUGAACCUGCAGGUGUUAACAGGCAAGGCAGUGAUGGAACGAGCACCAUCGUCAGAGGUCUUGUGGAACAAAUGGAUGUGAGUGAAACAGAGACUGGAGGAAUUCCUAAGGAAGAAAACCAAGCAGCAGAAUCAGGUGGUGCUGAGGACAUUAUGGCUGCAGAGGCCAUGGAGGAACCUCCUGAAAGAAAAGAGGGUUUGACAAGGCAGCACAGCAACUGGUCUGAACAGCAGACAAGCUCAGGGACAGCACUGCAGGACAAGGACCGUCUGCAGGAGCCAGGUGAAGGCCCAGCCCUCUCAGACGGACCGGGUUCUGCUGCAGCAGACAGCCAGGAGCGUGAGGAGCCAUGGCCAGGUGACCUUCUCCCCUUCGAUCUAAGCUACAGGCACGGAAGCCAUGGAGAGAAAAUUCCAGAGGACUGGGGCUGUGAGAACAGAUUUCCAGACCUCCGUCCCACCAUGGCAGACAUUCAGAGCCGCAGUGCUGCUCGUGUUGGGAGCCCCUUUGAUGGAAGCUGCCUCAACCUGCCGCGCUUUGCUCAGCUCAUGGAGACAUUCCUCGGGGAAGGCAUCGCUCUGCCUGCCGUGAAGGGGCUCAUUGCGUUCAUCAAAGAAGAAUACAAACAGACCGAAGAGGAAAAAGUGAAACAACUAGAAAAGGCACAUCUCAUCUCUCGUUUGACCCGACGGGAACUGCUUCUGGAGGCACUUUUUGAAAAGUGGGACAUCAAUGCAUCUGGGUUUCUGGAGAUGAAAGAGGUGGAGGCUGCUAUGAAUACAUUCAAGGAAGGAAUGGAAAAAGAGGCUGUGAGGAAAGGUAAGGAAACAGCUCUGCUCUGAGAGGAGUCAUACAGUGUCAACACAAUAGGCCUUAAAGCAUUCAAGGACAGUGCUAAUGAAUCUGUUGGCAAGCACCUGGAAUGUUUUGGUUUUGCAAGCAGUCAUAAGCACACAAGGCCUGAUGUAUAAAAUGAAAAGGAACUGUUAUCCUGACCUGCUUGUUAAUGCACAGCUCCAUCCCAUCCUCUGCAGAACUCUCCAGGGAGAGUGGCUCUUAAUCAGAGAGGUAGCCCAGCACUGUCACAGCAUUGU